AUGCGUUUAACGUGGCUGGUCCUACUGGCGCUUUUGCCGGCGGCGGUGGUCCAAGCGGCCGGGAAAAGGCCCAAGCAAAAAAUGGCCCGAGCAGCGACGAAAAUCUCCUCGACGGCCGGAAUGCCCCGGAAUCUGAAGAGAAUGAAGAUGAAGCGAUUCCGGGAGCCGCCGAGGGACUGUUCCGACGCCCCCAACAAGGAUCUCCGUCAUACUUGUCUGAUGGUGAGGCUUUCAGAAGAAAUACUUGCUUCGUUUAUUAAAGGAGCAUAGUCGGAAUUCUUAAAGGUCUCGUAGCGAAGAGCCUGUUUAAGAGUUUUUUAGGGUUAUGUAAGUCUUUAAACACUCUUGGCAGCAGUUCAUCCAAACACCGAAGUCAAUCAAUGACUAAAAAGUUUUUUUUGUUAUUAAAGGAGCAUAGGGGACUUCCUAAAGGUCUCGUAGCGAAGAACCGUUUCAAGGGUUAUUUCGGGUCAAGAAAGGCUCUCAACUAUUUUGGAAGAGUUUAUUCAAAAUUCCAAUGUCAAGAGAUGGCUAAAAAGUCUUUUCUUGGUUUAUUAAAGGAGCAUAGGGGACUUCUUAAAGGUCUCGCAGCGAAGAGCCUUUUAAAGGGUUUUUAGGGCCAUGUAAGUCUUUGAAUACUCUUGGAAGCAGUUUAUUGAAACACCGAUGUCAAUCAACGACUAAAAAGUUUUUUUUGUUAUUAAAGGAGCAUAGGCGGACUUCUUAAUGGUCUCGAAGCGAAGAGCCUGGUUAAGUGUUUUUUAAGCUCAGGAAAGUCUUUGAAUACUCUUGGAAAAGGUUAUUCAGAUUAUAAAGUUAAAAAAUGGCUAAAAACGUCUUCCUUGUGUACUUAAAGGUGCAUAGGCUAAUUUUUUAAUGGUCUUUGGGCGAAGAGCGUUUUCAGAUUUUCUCAAAGCCAGAAAAUGCUUAUGCGCCUUUAAAGGAGCAUAGAGGGAUCUCCUAAAGGUUUACAGGGGCUUCAUUCUUAUUUUUGGGCCUUAAAAUGCUUAUGCGCCUUUAAAGGAGCAUAUCUCUUGAAGGUCUCGAAGCGUAAAACCGUUUUCAGGGUUAUCAUUAGUCAUAAAAGGCCCAUGCUCCUUUAAAAACUUCAACCAGGACUUCAGAAUAGAUUUAGAGAGUCGGGAAUAUAAUAAUAGGCUCGAAAAAAUCGAGAAAAAUUCGGUUUUCAUGGGCAUCUUUUCAAAAGGUCUCGAGGCAAAGAGCCGUUUUUGGUCCUAACUCGGGUCAGGAAGGCUCGUGCGCCUUUGAAAACCGCUAAACUUUCAAAAAUAAUCUAAAAAAGGUGGAGGAGAACGAUAUUUGAUGCACUCAGAUCCAAGGGUUCGCUCUAGGGCUGCUAGGGGAUCUUAAAUGACUUCUUCCUCGAAUUUUUCAAGGUGUUUUUGAACGUUAUACUUUAUUUCAGAUCCGUCACAUGGACCUGGCCACACGGCGUCGUCUGGCUAGACAAGCUUUGAGAAGGACCAACGCUGGAAAUCCACAGCCUGGAGGUUCGUUUGAGCUCAAAACUCGGGCUUUUCUAGAAGGUUCUAUCAAAAAAAAAAGGGCUUCUUAGGGUCACCUUUGAUAAAAAUUUUAAAAAUACGAUUCCGGUAAAGUUGAAGAAGAUUUCUCUCAGAAGCUCAAUAGACUUUUCCCAUCUUUUUUUGAACUUUUAGAACUUUUUCAGCCCCUUCUUUGGGUCCUCUAACACGGGGAAUGCAAAAGGUAGGUUGAGAGUUUGAUGAAACUCGGUAUAUAGGUACAUUAGGAUAUCAUGUUGACAAAAAAAGACAAUGAAAAAAGUUUUGUCGAAAGUCCUACUCAAAACAACAAAAACUGUGAAUUUCAACACUUUGAACCGUAUUUUUCGUUCCAUCUUCCAAAAUUCAUCUAUUUUUUCGAAAAACUACAUGGCAAAAAUAAGUUACACCAAAAAGGACUGAACCUGCAUCAUGGGUUUCACAGCGCAAGCCGCUAGCCACUGCGCCACGCCGCCUGCUGACAGCUGAAGUUAGCCGCCGCGAGAUAUUCCCUCCUUUCAUUCAAUGCAUUCUCGCGUGCAAACUUCGAGAUGCCAUAACUCGACUAGAACCAAAAGGGCACACUUUUUUUCAACUUUAUUUGGAUCAGGGUGUCCUAAAGUACCUAUAUACCAAGUUUCAUCAAGUACUCAAUUCACCACCUUGUGCAAACCCGUGUAAGGAACUUUUCGUUUUUUUUUUUUUGGACCUUUUUUUAUUCUUGUGCUUCUUUCCACAACUUGGGACUUUUUCCAGGCGUGCCCAACUGGCUGCAGCCGAUCCCGGUGGCGCCGAACGCCCGCGGGCAAGCCGCCUACCAUCCCUACGACUGCAUGACCCUCCUCUGCCUCUGCCCAUUCUUCAAUGUUUUUUCCCGACCCGUUGCAGAAAAAGCCAUUCACCUUCUCGUUGCAGGGCCGAAACAUCAACGGCCAAUGUGUUCUCGCCAACGGCGUCGUGUUGCGAAUGUCGUGGCGGAAGGAGUACCGAAUGAUGACCGAGAACGAGAGACAACGGUUCCUUUCCCUAUUCUACUGUUUCUCGUUUGGUUCUUGAGGGUGUGGUUUUCAAAAGGGUCAGCACAUGUGUUGCAAAGGGCGCAGGAAAAAUAAUUAUACAACCUUAGGGAUUCCAGAGUGGUCCCUAUAGGGGUGAUGACGGCCUCUAUAUGUAGGGCUAAAAUUAAAGUGGUCCCUGUAGGGAUUAGGGUAGAAAUCAACCUAUAGAGGCAUAAAAUUUAACAGCUCAUAUAGGGGUAAAAUUAAGGUGGUCCCUAGAGGGUGUUAGGGCCUCACCCCUUAGCCCCUAAAGCUCAAGUGGACCUUAUAGGGGUCUCUCAAUUUCAUUCAAAAGUCUUCGCUUAGAGUUCAUAAAAGUUAUCGACCAGCAUGUCCCCUAUAAUGACCACUUUUUCAAGCUCUAGUGACCCCUAUAGAGGUUGGUAAAGUGGUCCCUAGAGGGAACCCUUCAAGGACCCCUAUAGGGGCCACUCUGGAGUUCCUAAGGAAAACAAAUCUUAAGAAACAAAUAAAAAAAAGAUUUUUUAAAACAAGAGAUUUUAAAAAUCCCUAAAAUUACCUUUAAUUUGGAAUAAAUGCCUUUUUUGGAGCAUUAUGUGUGAAAGAAUUUUGCUAGAAUCAUUAUAAAUGUUUCAAAUUAUUAUAGAAAAUAUUCAUUUCCAGGUUGGGAGUAGAUUAUAGGCAAAAAAAUCAAAUAAUUUCGUAAUAUUGAAAUACUGAGAUUUUCCUUAUUUUUUCCGCUUUUUAUAUGGAUACGAGUGAAAUUAUAGAAAUUAUUUCAAGUUUCCGUUAUUUCAACAUCAGAUUAUUCUAAUUAUCCUGGAAAUAUUGGAUUUUUUUAAAUAAUUUAUCAGAAAAAAAAUAAUUGGCGCCAAAAUUAUUUUUUCCAAACGACGCUCCAUUUUACGGCGCAUUUUUGCUCUAUUCGAUGUAGAUUUACGCUUUUUUUUGGGCAUUUUUUUCCUUUUUUCUCAGUUCUUUUUUUUUUAUUCGUAGGUAAACUGUUCAGUUCAAUGAUUUAAGGUGUUGUAAGAAAAAAUUAGAAUUUUUUAAGUUAACUCGUAAUAUUUUCAAAAUACAACCGUUUUCCAUUAUUUUUUGAUUUUUUCCGUAGCUCUCUAAGAAUUUUUUUGAAAUAAAAAGUAGUUUUUUUUUUUUUCGAAAGUUUCUUCGGAAAAUUCUAGAAUUUUCAUCUCAGUUGUGUAUAAAAAGUACAAUUAAAGCAGGAAUGAGAAAAAAUUUCAAAUAAUUUUGGGGAACUGUAAUUUUAUUUUAUUUUAAUGUAUAUGUUUUUGAAAAUUCUUACUGAAGUUUUUAGACGAACAAAAGCCGUAAGAACCUGAAAACUCGCCUCGAGAUCUUUUUUAAAUGUGGUCCAUGCUCCUUUAAAAAUCCAAGCAAGGAUUUUUGAUUAGAUUGCGGGAAAUAUUGUCUAGUCUGUUCAGAUUUUGAAUGUCAAGUUUAAUGACGUCAUUCGGAAAGGCUCUGUGACUGACUCGCUCUCUGAUUGGUUUAUAGUGAUAUUAGGGGCGGAGCUUGAGAUUCGAACUCUGAACAGCCCUUUUUUCUUUUAUUUUUUUUUGCUUUGAACAGAAUAUUUUAUCGAAUAUUCGAAUUUUCAGCUGGCACAACGCUCUGAACACCCUGAAAAGGAAUGGAGAGUACGACCGGAUCAGUAGGGAACAUCUUUCCGUCGGAGUUGGAUCUGGAGCCCAUUCCGGUCCUGGAUUCCUGCCAUGGCACAGGGAGUACCUGAAAAGGUUGGCUUUUAUACUGGAUUUUUGUGAUUUUUUGGAGGAAAACUGUCAGUUUUCAAUGUUUUUUUUUUGAAUAUAUAUAGCUGAAAUUUUUGAUUUCUUUAUUUGUCACUGACCAAUCGAAAAUUAAUAGGAAGAGCCUUAUAAGUUCUCGAACAUUUUUUAAAAGUUACUUAUAGACAUUUUUUUUUUAAAUUUUGAGUUUGAAUCCAGUUUCAUUUGUUAUUGAGGCUGAAAUAUUGAAAAUCAUGCGGUUUUUAAAAUCAGUGAAAGUUUCCGCUAAAUGGGCAAUAUUUUAAAAGAACCUCCUUCCAAUCCACAGUAUCAACAGGAUUGGUACCGGAAAGCUCCAGAAAAAAACCUCAAAAAUUGUGAAUUCUCGAUUUUUUGAAAAGUUAUGAAUUUUUGACGAGUUCCAAUCUUUCAAGGCCAACUUAAGAAUGAAGAGUCGAAUUUAUAGUCAAUCCUGCCCGAAUUGAAAGGCAAGAUGGGUAGAUUGGAAAGAGGGGCGCGUUGCGUACGCGACGCGGCUUUCGGCGGGAAAUAAAUGUUUAAAUGCGGGCCAUCUUUUUUUUUGACAGUGUUUCAAUAACUUUCAAUUUUGUUAUGAGAGAAAAAGUUUUGUUGAACGGAUGAGAGUGUAUAAAUAAUGAAAAAUUGGGUUUUUUUUUGGCAUGCUGGAAAAGUCGGUCGUUCUAUUUGGGAAACUAGGCCACGCCGUAUUUUUGCUCUAUGGAAAAUCGAAUUUCAGACUUUUUCCCUUUUUCUAAAUUUUUCCCACAUUUUUAUCAGUUUUCUAGGAUAUGGGACACAUGCUCCUCACUUCAAACUAAACUGUUCCUUAUUUAACAUUGUUUCCCCAGAUUAUUUUUUACCUUUUUUAAGGGAAAUUUUUUUUUCUUGCCUUUUUUGUGUGUAUUUCACACAUUAUCUCAUUUUCCGAAUUUUUUUAUAAUUAAUGAUAAUUUUUCAAAAAAAUUGAAUCAGUUUAUAAUUUUGAAUGUAGUAACCAUCGUAUUUUACUCGCAAAAACGAUAAAGUUGUAUGAAAUUAAGCAAAAACCUUCUUAUUAAAUUUUUAAAAAGGAAGAAAAGUUCAGAAAAGAAAAAAAAAGAUUGAAAUUCUCAGUUUUCUAUGGAGCGAUGUGGUGUAGUUUUUCAAACUGACUGACCGACUUUUGCAGCAUGCCGUUUUUUUUUGCAUCUGGUUCCAGUCAAAAGCCGCGUCGCGUACGCAACGUGUCAGUCCGCAACAAUGGACUAUAUAACCAUUUGCAGGUUCGAAAUCGCCCUCCGAAUGGUCGACCCAACCGUCGCGAUCCCAUAUUGGGACUCGGUCAUGGAUUCCUAUCUGCCCGACCCCCGCGACUCCAUCAUGUUCACCGAUUUGUUCGUUGGUACCACGGACCCCUAUGGUAACGUCGUGACGGGACCCUUCGCCUAUUGGCAGACUCUCGAGGGAAGAUCCACCAUUUUGAGGUUUCAGCGACUUUAUUUAUAAGAAAGGGAGAAAUCUUCAGACAACUCGGUUUCGAGGGACAAUUAUUCAAUGAGAACCAGGUCAACAAUAUCGUCAACCAGAACACUAUAGAGAACACUUUGGCGUUCACCGCCCCGCAGCCAGGUAUCUUUUUGAUUUUUACAUGAAACAGUAAGGUUUUGUAAUAUUGUAAGGGUAUUUUAGACUUAGAUAAGCUCAUAAAUGAAAAAAAAAACUGUAGCAGUUAAAAAAGCCAAAUUUUCUAGGCCUAAAAAAAGCUAACAAGUGAAAAACACAUAAAAUAAAAAAAUAAUGCAAAUUUUUCCGUUUUAAAGGGUGGCUUUGGGUCAAAAUGAGCUUAAAAGUGAAUAAAAACCAAAUAAAUUUGUUUUUUGUACUGAAAAAAAGUUGAAGAAGAAAGCUUUUUUUCAUGAAAAUUCUAGGUUUAUUGUAUAGAUACAAUCAAAAAUAGCAAAAAAUUAUAUCAUUUUCACAUUUUUUCUUGAAUUUUACCUGAAACAGUAAGGUUUUAUAGUAUUAUAAGGGUUGUUUUUAGGCUUAGAAAAGUUUAUAAAUUCAAAAAAACUGUAGCAGUUAAAAAAAGGUUAAUUUUCUAGGCCUAAAAAAAGCUUACAAGUGAAAAAAACACAUAAAAUAAAAAAAUAAUGCAAAUUUUUUUCAGUUUUUGAUAGGUCAUUUUGAGCCUUAAAAGCUUAAAAAAAUGAAUAAAAAAAUCAGAUGAAUUUGGUUUUUAAAAAAAGGUUCAAAGAAGAAAUAUUUUUUUCUCAAACAUUCUAGAUUUAUGGAAUUAAUCAAAUAGCAAAAAUUAUAUUAUUUUUCAUAUUUUUUUACUUGAAUUUUUACCUGAAACGGUAAGGUUUACUAGUUUUUUUCAUGAGCGAUUUCAGGCCAAAAAAAUAAACCUUUUUUUGCCAUGAUUUUUUUACACGGAAAAAAAUGAUUUUUUUGAGAAAUUCUGUAAUUAAGAUGGCUUUCAGUGGAAAAAAAGAAAGAGAUAAAGUCAGAAGAAGCAAAAAUUUUAUCAUUUUCAUACAUUUUUCGGUUGAUUGCCUGAAAAAAAUUGAGUUUUUUUCUGGUUUUUUUAUGAGUAAUUUUGGACCUAAAUGAGCAUAUAAAUGGAAAAAAAUUAAGUGAUAAAGUUAAAAAAAUGCAAAAUUUUUUUUCAUUUUUACAUUUUUUUGUCUAAUUUUUUUGACCGGAAAAUUGAGAUUUUCUGGGUUUUUUUAUAAGUAAUUUUGGACCUUAAAGUAAUGAAUCAAGAAAAAAAAGCUGAUAAAAUAAAUAAAAAAAGGCAAAUAUAAUUUUUUUCGGUUAGGAAUUGAUUGAAUCUAAUGAUUUUUGUAUAAAAGUAAAAAAAAUAAGCUUCAGGAAAAAAAUUUUUCAUAAAAUUUAAAAAAUGUGCAAAAAUAGCUUCAAAAUCUAAUUAAAAUUUGAAUUUUUCGCAGUUUUCUUGCUUUUUUAGGUAUUUUUUUCUUUCCUUUGAACUUUACCAAACUUUCCGAAGGUCAAAAACUCGGAAGUAUUUGAAAAAAAGUCCAAACCUCUUGAAAAAAAUUUCUCCACGUGAGAAGAGAGCACUCCAAAAAACCUUCUAGCUUCUAAUUUUGGGAGAGGUCGAGAGGGUCCAUUUUGGCGUGAAACCGGUUGCGGUCGGGCCACAAGCUGGCGACCGACAAAGGCCUUGGUCUCCCGCGUUAUAAACAUAUACAGGGCGAAAUAGAAAAACGAACUUUCCAUUGUCAUGGCUUCGCCCUUUAACCUCAAACCAAUCGACCAGCAAAUUGCAUUUUGCGCUUCUUUUUUUUUCGCCUUUCUGUUGGUUCAGAACGGUAAACCACCACCUGCUGGGUAGUGAAAGUUUUUUGAAUUCUUUCUUUUUUGGCGCGGGGUCUUUUUGGGGUUUGAAGGAGGAAAAGGGCAAAUUUGACAAGGGAGGUCUUUUUACUAGGCGGUUUGGAAUUUUUUACAAAUUUUCUCAAACACUCUCUGAAGGUCUAGAUAAAGAUCCCUCCUUAUCGCUUCCUGUGAAAAUUUUUAGUUUUUGAGAUACGAUUUUUCAAAGUUGCAGGCUUAAUUUUUCGAUCUACAAAAUUAAUUAUCUUGAAAACUAAAGAGUAGCUCGAGUCGCAACUCUGACGGAUCUUAAUAUAAACCAUCAGAGAUUAUUUGAGAAUAUCCGUAGAAAAUUCCAAGUAAAAUGACCUCCUUGUGGGGUCAUACUCUGUGUUACGCAAACUCCAAAAAUUAAUAUCUCUAAAACUAGAAGUUUGCGCAGGUAGCUACUAUAAGAGAUCAUCAUCUGGACAUUCAGAGAGUGUUUCAGCGAAUUUUUAGAAAAUUCCAAAUCGACGAGUAGAAUGACUUUCCGUGUGAGAGAGAUUUCAAGUUCAAAGAUAGACUCAAACUGAAAAAAUUCGAUGAUUUAUGACUUCCUCAUGAAAUUUUGAGCUUUGAGGCUCGAUUUUAAAAAUAAAAGAGCUCUGUUUAAAGGCGCAUAGAUAAUAUUGAAGAGAGGUCUUGAAGCUUCUGAUAAGGUGUUAAAUUAAUCUCGGGAACUGAUUUACUGUAAAUUGAGGGCCGAUAAAGGUUUUUUUUUUCCUUUAAAAGGCGCAAGAAAAAGAAAAAACCUUGUUUUUUGGAUUUUUUUAAUAGAUGUGUAAGUGAAGAACUGAUUAGUCCAGGAGAAUGGUUUACAAAAAAACUCGAUAAUAAGGAAUAAAACUAAGUUUCAACUUUAGGGAAGUGAUUUUGAUUAAAUAAGAGUAACUUUUAACAUUGGGGUUGUACUGGCCUUUAUUCAGGAGUAGUGGUCCUUUAAGGGUUUUAAUUUUUGUGUUGAAGUUCUUAAAGCUCUCUGGUAUCAAGGAACUUCGAAAGACAUAUUUUUUCAAUGACCCUCGAUUCAGGAUGCCCCUACCCGAACAACUACGGCGCCAUCGAAUACACUCACUCGAAUAUCCACCUCUGGAUGGGUGGAGACAUGAAGCCGCCGAGCACUUCAGCCAACGAGGUUGGACCUUUUUCAACAAGAUUUUACCAGUUUAUCAAGCAUUCUAAAUUCAAAAUCUAGUAUUUUUGUGGAUUUGUCGAGUUCUUGAGCUUCUCCCAAUAGGUUUGAGUCUGAAAAUAGUCAAUUCGGGCGGAGUUAAAGCUUAUAGAAAAAAUUAAGAUCAGAUUAGUCACUCAUUGCGAAUUUUGGGGCGUAAAAUGAGCUCAAAUUGCAUUCGUAAAAAUCGAAUUCCGAUGUUACCAUUCUUCAAACGGAACUACAAGUACCAUAAUCAAAAAAAAACCCCCCUUCAGUUUGAAUUCUCUGAAAAACUCUCUGGGAUCGGAACGUGGGGUGCGAACCCUAAAGUGGUCACUUUGAUCUAAAAAGCUGGUUAUCUUGGCAAGUUUGUAAGAAAUCUCAAAAUGGACUCUAGAAUGUAGUGUGAAUGAUAAUGCGGACCCUAAAGAGAUCACUUUAAUUUGAAAGGAACUGGUGGCUCGCCAAGGACUACUUGGAGAGGAGACUAAAGUGGCCACUAAACCCACCUCUAUAGUGGCCACUAUUUUCCGUUCUAGUGGCCACUAUAGAGGUUCUCUAUUUAGUGGCCCCUUCAGUAGUUUUUCCUUCUAGUAACUCUGAGAGUUUUAAAACAAACAGAUUGGACCAGUUAUGUUGAUCCAUUGACCCCUAAAGUGGCCACUAAAAAUUUUAGUGGUCUAGUAGUAGCACUUAGACCUCGACUACUAUAGUGACCACUAAAACGUCAAAACCCUAUAGUGGCCACUAAAAGGCGCAGUUGUGUUUUCUGUGCUUUCUCUGUUCUCGAGUCUCUUAAAGACUCUUGAAAGGAGCAUAGACGAAUUUGAUAAUGGUCUCGAAGCGAAAAGUGAAUCUCUGGGGAACGAUUAAGCUUUCUGUGGAAGGAUUACACUUUGAAGGGCCUUUUUUGAGCUUUAUUCGAACCCUGAUAUCAAUUUUAAGCAUUCAUCUUGAUCAUAUUUUCACGCUGAUUCUAAAUCUCGGCUUUGUUCACUUGAAAUCCAAUUUUGAAGCAUGUUAUCACCUCCAGAAGCUGAACAUUUGGCGUCAGAAUGGGAAUUUGCUUAAUUUGAACCCAAAGAACGAUACAAGUUUUGCAGCCGAUUUUCUUCAUGCACCACUCGUUCGUCGACUACCUCUGGGAGCUCUGGCGCCAGCUCCGACAGCCGAGGUGGCUCCGGGAGCAGUCCUACUCGGCCGACCACCCCGUCUGCACCAACUGGCAGCACUUCAGCUACGCCCCCAUGCGACCUUUCCCCUACCUCCAGAACCGCGAUGGUGAAUUUUGGGAGAGUAUUGAGAACGAAGGGAAAGACGUCUUGGAAGUUUCGAUAGUUCUGAAAUUUUUUGAGAAAGACGUCUUGAAUGGUCGGAUAGUUCUGAUGGUUCCGAAAGUUUCGAUAAUUCUGAUAGUCUUGAAACCUCCUAAGGAAACGUCUCGAUAGUCCUGGUAGUUUAAAAGUUUCUGAAGAAGGACGUCUUGAAAGUUCGGAUAGUUUUGAUGGUUCUGAAAGUUCUGAUAGUGUUGGUAGUUCCGAAACGGAAAAUUUAGAAAGUUUUUGAAGAAAGACGUCUUGAAAGUUCGGAUAGUUCGGAUAGUUCUGACAGUCCUGAUAGUGUUGGCAGUUCCGAAACUUCUGAAAAUUUUGAAAGUUCUGACAGUUCUGCUAGUUCUGCUAGUUCUGAAAUUUCCUAAGUAAGACGUUUUGAUAGUUCGGAUAGUUCUCGAAACUCUGAUAGUUCUUAUAGAUCUGAUAGCCUUGAAAGAUCUGAAAAUUUUAAAGUUGCGCGUUUUUUACAACUUCUAAAAAUUCCGUAUGUUUGAUAGCUCUGAAAUUUUCUGAGGAAAACAUUUUUGAAGACUUUUGUUGGUUCUGAAAGAUUUUAAAUAAGUGAUAGUUCUGGAACUCCCAAAAGUUCUGAUAGUUUUGAAAGUCUUGAUAGUGUAGCAGUUCCGAAACUUCUGAAAAUUUUGAAAGUUCUGAUAGUUCUGAUAGUUUUGAAAGUUUCCGAGGAAGGACGUCUCGACAGUUCGGAUAGCUCUGAAAGUUCUGAAAGAUCUGAUAGUUCCUAAGGAAGACUUUCUGAUAGUUUCUCGAAACUCGGUUGCGACCCUCUUAUUUUUGCAUCUUUUUGCAUUGCUAAAACUCUGAAAAGUGUGAAGAAAGACGUCUUUUGGAACUUCUAGAAGUUCUAAAAGGUAUCGAUAAGUCGGACAUAGCCGAAGAAUGACGUGAGCUUCAAAAAAGAUUUUUCGUUGAAAACUCAUGACUUUCAUGUUUCAAUGAGCGCUUUAGUUGAAAAUUCGGGUUUUUCAUUCAAUUGUCAAUCCAUCGACUCCAAUUUAAAUUUAUUGCUAUUUUUUUUCGAAUUUGAUUAGUAUCAAGGGUUCACUUAUUCUAUGGUCCUGUCAGAAAAAAAAAUACGAAAAAAUCUUUUUUUUAAUGGAAAAUUUUUUGUAUGAAGAACACUCUGGUGGGAUUUUGGUUCACAGAAAAAAAAACACAGGUUUAGAGCGUUUCCAAAAGAUUCAGCUCCAUACGAGCAAGUUGAGAGCGAAAAUUUUUUCUACAGUGUGAUUCUUCUGAGAUGAAAAGUCAAUUUUCCCGAUUUUCAGGACUUUCCAAUUCGUACACCGAUCAGAUGUACCGGUACGCUCCACGCGCCACGUGCAGUGCCCAGAAUCCAAAUUGCGGAUCUCCCUAUCUCUUCUGCGACACUAGAGGGUUCGGUUUAAACAGUUUUUCUGCCCUAUCGUAAAUAAAAAAUGAUCUUGCUCCCAGGAGAUUUGCUGAAAGUUAAAUUUAAAAUCUUAUAGGUACCCCCACUGCGUGUCGAAGAUCCGAAUGAAUGGCCUUUGUCGAGGAUUCGAACAGUACGAUGCGUGCUACGCCGGACGGUGCUGGUGGGGCCGAUGCGUCGCUGCGGUUGGUUUUGGAAUUGAAUUCUGAAAACGAGAAAUUCAUUGAAGGACUGGGAAAAUUUUUAGGAACCACUAUAGAGGCUCGUCAAGGACUACAUGGAGAGGACACUAAAGUGGCCAUUAAAUCCACCUCUAUAGUGGCCAAUACUUUCCGUUUUAGUGGCCACUAUAUAGAGGGUCUCUAUUAAGUGGUCACUUUAGUAGUUUUUCAUCCAGUAUUCCUUCCAGUAACUCUGAUAGUUCUAAAACAAACAGAUUGGACCAGUUAUGUUGAUCCGUUGACCCCUAAAGUGGCCACUAAAAUUUUUAGUGGUCUAGUAGUAGCACUACGACCUCUAUAAUGGCCACUUAUUGUUAAUCCCUUAAGUGUCCACUAAUUUGACUACUAUAGUGGCCACUAAAAAUUUUUUCAGGAUUUGAAAAAAAAUAUCAUGUCCCGGGGCGACCCGACCCCCCAAAGUGGGCACAUUUUCAAAAGAGCCAUUUUACACCCAUUUUCUUCAUUUCUACCUUUUUUCAACUUUACGGGCCGGGCCGACCCGGGGCACCUGCUAAAAAUUGAGGGUCGCCCCGGGGCGCCAUAUCGGCAGCUCUACAAAGAAGAACCUUAAGAAAGGUGAUACACUGGAAAAGUUUUAGUGAUCACUUUAGGGUUUUGACGUUUUAUUGGCCACCAUGUUAGUCGAAUUAGUGACCAAUAAAGGGGCUAAAAUUUUGUGGUCUCUUUAGAAGUAUAAGUAGUACUACUAGACUUCUAAAAACUACUCUAGUUGUCACUGAGUCACAAAACGGUGGCUUCUACAAAAUGGCCACUUUAGUGUCCCCUCCAAGUAGUCUUUGAAGAACCUCUUAAGGGGCCACUGAAGUUUUUCCCAGUACUCUGUUUUCGGUGACCUUCUCAUUUCGACAUACUGUUUCUUUAUCUCUCUGGCUUCGCUUUUGAGAGACGCUAGGGACCAUUUUAAUGAGCAGUUUAAUGGACCUGACGCUCAAAAUUUCAGAAUUUCGCUGCCGCCAGAAUGCGUGCCUCGAAGACGUUGAACAACGGAACGGCCAUCGAAUUGGAGAAAUAUCUGGCGACGACGACGACCGUCAAGCCGACGACGACGCCGCUGGUCAAGAGAAUCUCGGUGAAAAUGGUCGCGCCGCUCUUCGUCGACUGCUAUAACAGGUAGAAGUUGAAAAAUCUACAAUAAAAGUCUUAAGAAUAUACUGUAGGUCGGAAGUGUGCAUACACCGGAUGCUUAUUUCAUUCGAUAAAUUUGAUUAAAAAUGGAUUUUUUUCUUGAGAAAAAAAUUUGAAAAAAAAGAUCCAAAUUUUUGGUAGAGCUACAUUUGGAAUGGCUUUUUGGCGCCAAAAUGAAAUUUUAAGCAAAAAAAUCACCCUUUUCGGGCUGUAACAAGUGGAGAAAUCGUUGAAAAAAAAUAUAUAUUAGAAAUUUGGAAGAUUGCAUUUGGAAUGGUUGGCGGCGGAACAUGUUUCUGGUCGGGCGCACUUUUUUUUCUGAAAAACAGUUCUGAACGCUUUAUCUUUGAGUCAUUUUGAAUUUUUCUUUUCGAAAUUCAAAUUUUCCGAUUUUCUGAGGGGUCCCUGAAGGGGCUGAAAAACUUAAAGAGCCUCUAUGGGGGUAAAAAGUGCUCCCUAAAGGGGGAAAAACGGCUACUCCCCUAUAGGGACCACUUUUGGAAGCUUUAGCGGACCCUUUAGGAAAAUGUAGAGUGGUCGCUAAAGGAGAACCUUUAAGGGCCCUAAGGUCCCCCUAUAGGGACCACUUUGCUUUUUUUUCGCUUUUUUGAUAAAAAAAAAUUAAAGACCCUUAUAGGGAGCACUCAAAAAAGGGCUAAGAACUAAAACCUCCUAUGAAGAGCAUUUGAACUAUAAAUAUCACUUUUUGUACCCCUUGAGGGGCUGCUUUUGCUACUAGCCCCUCUAGGGACCACUCUGGUGUUCCUAAGAUCAUUUUUCUUCUCUCUAGCCUUGAUAUUAAUUAUUUUCGACCGGAAGAUCGGCUUUUUUUCUUCUAUGGGUUGACAAUUUGACAGAGAACUGGCUCAACCUUUGCUUUUUUGAAGAUUCCAAUAAAUUUCAGGAAUCCUUGCUGCACGGCCUGGGCCGAAUCUGGCGCCUGCCGAAAAGAACCCGAAUACAUGAGUCAGUUCUGCGCCGCCAGUUGCUCCUUGUGCACACCAAACUACAAUACCACGGAUGGUAACUAUCUUAAAAAUCGUCCUGAAACGAAAGGGUUGAUUUUCCCAGCUUGCUCGGACCGACACGUCAACUGCAAAGCCUGGAAAAAGGAGAAAAUGUGCGCCGGCGCGUCGGCCGACUUCAUGUCGGAGAACUGCCGGAAAUCGUGCGAAAAAUGCUCAAUUUCUAGGAAAUCCCAGUGCUUCGUCAAGGGGAAGGUCAGUUCUUAAGAAAGAAAAAAUAGCCGUAGAAAAAAAAGCUGCAGACUUCAAGUGCGCUCCAAGGAUAAAACUGAUUUUUUGGGGUUUUUACUGAAUUUUUUUUGAAAUCAAAGGCAUAGAUGUUGAUUUGAAGCGCUAUAGACAAACACAGGGUUUUUGGGAGUUCCUCAAAAUUUUUUUUUCAAAUCAGAAGGUUUUUCGUACCAAAAUGGUAUUGAAGAGAAAAAAUGAAUUUUUUUUAAAAUUUAAAAUGAAUUGAUUAGUUGUGUUUGGAGCAAAAUUCAGGAGAAAAAAUAGCCGUUGAAAAAAAAAUUUAGACUUCAAGUGCGCUCCAAGGACAAAAAUUUUUUUUUUGAAGUUUUGACUGGGUUUUUUCUUGAACUCUAUUCAAGGGGUAAGUGUGGACUAAACCUUUUUUUUCAUGAACCUGAGUUUAAAGGGGAAACUAUAGAUUUGAGGCGAAAUUUGAAAAAAAUGUCGUUUUUUUUUUGAAACUUCAAAAUGGAUGAGAUUUUAAGUUUUAACUGAACUUUUUUCAUGAUUCUGAGAUUUUGAGAUGACAAUUUUUAGAAGAAAAAAAUACUUUUUAAAAUUUCGAACUUCGAAAAAUUUUUCCACCAUUUUUUUGAAAGAAAAAGUAAAAAAGAGCCAAUGAUAUCAUGGGUUCUUGCAGUUCCAACGUACUUACGUGACUUUACUGUUUCAUCCGAUAAGUUUAUUGAUUUUAAGCUUGCAAAAGUUAUUAGUCUACACCUUCAGUUAUGAAAAAAAUAAGCUUCAAGAGCCGCAUUUAGAAUGGCUCUGAGCGUCGCGGUCGCGCUGCGGUUCGGUUUAUUUUGAGCUGAGCUGAAGUCGUUUUUGGUCGGGUGCACCUCCAUAUUUUGAAAUGAACUUUUCGGGAUUAUAACAUAUCGUCAUUUUUCUUGAAAAAAAGCAUUAAAAAAAUUAAUAAGUCACGUUUUUUUAUUACUUUUUGUGAUGAACCAGUAAUCAGGCCAAAAAAAGUGGUACAAAAAAAAAUUGGAUUUCCAGCUUUUAUGCCAUCAAAAUUCAAUAGUUUUCUCAUUUUUCGGGUCUUCAUUCCAAAUCGAGGGCAUCCAAGCAAGAAAAAGCCUGAUUUUAACGAAAACUGAGUUAUUUUGAGCCGAUUUUUUCGAUUUUUGAAUGACUUGGAUCGAUAAAAUCUGAUUUUUCCAGGUGAUCCCAGUCCCUUCGACUUCGCAACUCCGAGAAUCAAUCGAUGAAGCGAUCGAAGCCAACGUCAAGGAACGUGUUGCGUUGGCGCGCAGAAGCCUCGCCGUAAACGAGAAAAAUCGAAUUUCCGCCCAACUGGACGAGGCGAAAAAGAGGCCGGCCAGAGGAUAA